AUGCGGUCGUUUACUUCACAACUUCUGGGCGUGCCACUGCUCAUGUGGACUGCUACUGCAAGUCCUCUGCACACGGCUCGCGACAACACUGGCAUCAAUUGGACGCCGUGUGACUUUCCUAACGCGACUCUACCCGUACAAUGCGCCAACUUAACAGUGCCUCUUGACUACUCAAACUCAAGCUCCUCCGAGACAAUGACAUUGCCCGUGUUUCGUGUGCAAGCAGCAGUUGACGAGGCCUCCAAGAAGGGCAGCAUUCUCUACAACUGCGGCGGUCCUGGAUCCGACUGUCUGAACGACCUGGUCGCAUUGGGGAACGUCUUGCAAGCCGCGACUGGUGGCUACCACGACAUCGUCACAUUCACCCCUCGAGGAACCGGGAAAACUCUUCCAUUUGAAUGUUUCGCAGAUAAUCUUAGUCGAGCUGUGGGGAUGCCCGCACAAGUUGGAAACGCAACCGACGUCGUCGUUGGAGAGACUUGGGCCAAGAGUACCCUCUACGGCAGUACCUGUGCCGCUGUCCAGAAUAUGACCGGCAACCUCAUUGGAACUGCUUUUGUUGCCAGAGACAUGAUGCAGAUUGUCGACGCACUCAAAGAGGACGGUCUUCUCCGAUAUUGGGGUGUUUCAUAUGGUACCUUGCUCGGUUCAACUGUCUUGGCCAUGUUCCCGGAUCGUGUCGACAAAAUCAUCUUGGACGGCGUGGUCAACCCGUUCCAAUACUACGCCAACCUCGAGACAGAGACAUUGGUGGACGCCGACGCCACAUUCGAAGGAUUCUGCAAAGGAUGCGUAGAGAACCCAGAUGCCUGCCCCCUGGCAAAGAACCAAACGGCAGAGCAGCUCCAGGAAUCCAUCUACACCUUCCUCGAGCAGCUCAGACAAAGUCCCAUCCCCGUCCCAGCUCCCGGAGGCGGCAUCGUGCUCGACUACAGCACUGUCAAGGGCUCAUAUCUGUACGUCCAGCUCAAGUUCCCGUCGUCCUGGACCAAAGUCGCGAAGAACCUUGACGCUCUCAUGACCGGAAACUUGUCUGCUGCCGAGGGCAUCGGUGCUGGCGGAUCCAAGGAGAUAUCGCCCAGCUCGCCUGACGCGCUGUACGGCAUCAAGUGCGGCGACACCUUCACCGAGAACCAGACGUUCGAGGACGUGCUCCCCGUCCUGGAGACACGGAUCAACGGCAACAGGAUCGCGGGCGAGAUCAGCGCACCUUCUAUCUGCGCCAACUGGAAGCUCCACGCCAAGGAGCGGUACUCUGGUGAUUUCCGCGUCAAGCCUCUGAACCCAGCUCUUAUUAUUGGAAAUACAUACGAUCCGGUGACGCCCCUCGUGUCGGCUCGCAACGUGAGCGAGACCUUUGAGGGAAGCGUUCUCCUCCAGCAUGAUUCGUACGGACAUACCAGCAUCAUGCAGGCGUCGCUUUGCACUGCCAAAGCCAUCCGGGCUUACUUUGUCCGUGGUGAGCUCCCCCAGCCUGGCACCAAAUGCGAGAUCGAUACGUUUCCGUUUUCUGGGACUAUGGGGUGGGACGAACUCAUUCCUCGACUGGCAGCUGAACCAGUCCAGCCCAAGCAGUAG